AUGGCGCCCACCGCUUCUCCCUCCGAUCGCGAUCGCGACCGCGUCGGCCCACACCCGUCAUACAUUGAAAUCGCAAAGCCGUACAUUUUGCAAUCGCGCAUGCAGAAAUGUCUCGCAGACAUCAACAUGAGCGAUGCAAAAGAAGACUCUGUACGCCUCCAGGGCGUCUCUUGGAUCGACCAAGUCCGGCGAGCGCUGCAACUGCCGAUUCGCACCUUCAACACGGCCGUCAUCUAUUACCACAAGUUCAGGCUGUUGCACGCAGAUAACGAGUACAACUGGGCAGACGCGGCAGCUGCGGCACUUUUCACAGCCUGCAAAAUCGAGGAUACAUUGAAGAAGAGCCGCGAAAUCCUGUGUGCGCAUUGGAACCUCAAGGUUGCGCCCGGUGAAAGUCUAAGCAGCGAUGAUCCUCGCUUCGAAAGCCACUCCAAGCUCAUCAUUGGGCUCGAACGACUCAUGCUCGAAAGCGCUGGUUUCGAUUUUCGCAAUCGAUACCCGCAAAAGGUCAUGGUUAAACUUGCUCGGGCCCUGAAGUUUGACGCAAACAACGAGGCAAAGACAACGUGGAACCUGAGCAUCGAUCUAUACAGAACCUUUGCGCCACUCAAACAAUCCACGCCAACCCUGGCCAUCGCGUGUCUAGAGCUUGCGGCGAGACUACACGGAAAGGAUGCGACCAAGUUUGUAGACGCGGGGCCGGUCAAAUACAGCACAUGGUCGACGAGCCGCGCAGAGAUCAUGGAAACUCUGCUUGAUCUCCUGGAUCUCUACACCCACCACAGUAGCUCGACAUCGGUUGGGCCUAACUACACUCUUGAGUAUUUUAUCAACAUCCGCAUUGGCCUGAACCAAGAAGCUUCGGCUGCGAAGAUUCCUCGCUAUGCACAGUAUGCCUCUGAGCUGUCCCCGGAAAAUGAGAGCACCGGGAACGGCACCAGAUCUCGCAAUGGGCUCGGCCCCACCAGCCCACUUACGCCAGCGACUCCAGUUGCCUUGUCCCCUGGCAAUGAUCAGGCACCCAAAUCUGCCAUAGGAAUUCGCGGACAAAACGGCACAGUCAGAUUCAUGCUGGAUGCAGCCCGGGCUCAUGAAGAGCGUGCCCAAGUUGAGAAGUUCCACAAGGUUGAAGAGGAGGAGUAUGAGGUCGAGGUUCCCAACGAUCCGCGAGCCGACGAUCGAGAGAGGGACAGAGCAAGAGCUGGCAGAGUGCGUUGA